AAGCCAUAUACAUGUUAAUUAAAAAAAAAACCCAAAUGUUUAACAAAUUAUUUAGUUUAAUCAGUAUUAAAGAUUCUCUUUGUUUAUUUUCAUAGUUUACAAUCUCUUUCUCUUUCAUCACACUACUUGCAGAAGGGUUAAAGUGAUCUCCUUUUAAAAAGGGUCUGCUCAAAUGAAAAUGUUUAGCUUUUCUCGUAGACGUAUGAAGCUUAACAGGUACAACUUUCAGAAUCUGUUCAUGGAACUAGAAGCCCUAUAAGACCAUCCAAAAGAAACAACAAUACAAUUGUGGAAUCAGCUUUGCCUGCUGGUACUAGUCAUUGUAAUGAUUUUGAUCCUUCGACUGCCCCCGAGAUUAAUUCGUCGGGGAAUUCCGAGAACUGGAUGGUGUUAUCGGUUGCUGGCGAAAAACCCGUGCCACGGUUUAAUCACGCAGCCGCUGUAGUCGGGAAUAGGAUGAUAGUGGUCGGGGGUGAAUCCGGGAAUGGAUUGUUAGAUGAUGUGCAGGUUCUUAAUUUCGAUAAUUUUUCUUGGACCUCAGCAUCAUCGAAGCUUUACUUGUCACCGAGCAGUUUUCCAUUGAAGAUUCCUUCGUGCAAAGGCCAUUGUCUGGUUUCGUGGGGGAAAAAGGCCCUUCUUGUUGGAGGCCGAACCGACCCCGGGAACGACCGAGUUUCAGCAGUAUGGGCAUUUGAUACAGAGACGGAAUGUUGGUCGGUUAUGGAAGCUAAAGGAGAAAUUCCGGUUGAACGAAGUGGUCACACUGUGGUCAAGGCAAACUCAGUUUUAAUCCUUUUCGGGGGUGAAACUGCUAAAAAGAAGAAACUUAAUGACCUACAUAUGUUUGAUUUGAAGUCCUUGACGUGGCUCACUCUUCAAUGCACGGGAACAAGACCGUCUCCGAGAUCCAAUCAUGUGGCAACUCUUUAUGAUGAUAAAACUCUUUUCAUAUUUGGUGGAGCAUCGAAGUCGAGGACACUGAAUGACAUGUACUCGCUUGACUUUGAAACGAUGGUUUGGUCGAGAAUAAAGGUACGUGGUUUUCAUCCGUCACCGCGAGCUGGUUGCUGUGGAGUUCUGUGUGGAACAAAAUGGUACAUAGCUGGGGGCGGAAGUAGGAAAAAAAGACAUACAGAGACCUUCAUCUACGAUAUUUUGAAGUCUGAGUGGUCCAUGGCCAUUGCAUCACUUCCAUCUUCGAUCACCACUAACAAGGGGUUUAGCCUAGUACUUAUGCAGCACAAGGAUAAGGAUUUUCUUGUUGUGUUCGGUGGAUGCCGGAAAGAGCCAUCUAAUCAGGUUGAAGUGCUGAUCAUAGAGAAAAACGAAUCAUCCAUGGGUCGGCAAUAUAAUCCUGGUAAAUCUGCCGGAAAACGUUCAGCUAGCCAACCUGUUAUUAAUGCUUCGUCGCACCAUUCAGUUGAUUCUGCUGUUAGACAAAAUCUAGCCUCUGUAAUUGACCAUGGUUCUGGUAGAAGAUCAUUGUCGGAUUUGUCACUUGCGGAUCAAAAUCCUCUUUCCGGAAAUGUCUCAUUACGAAAACAAUUUCAUAACAAGGAAGGAUACAACACGAGUGUUAGAAUAACAAAGAGUUCAGAGGACUUAAGUUCCAUUCUGCAGGCAACAGAACAAAAAACAAAUCAAACUGAUACAGGAGUUGAGGUUAAUGCUCCAGGGACCAAAAUCCGUUCAGAUGAAUCAUUCCUAUAUGAAUGUGAAAAUUCAAACCCUUCAAACCCGCGGGUCGAAGGGAUCACAAGCAUUCCUGUUGGUAACGAUAAUUUUGUAUUUCCGGAAAUGGAAGGUAAAGCAGGAGCGCUAUCAGCUCCUUCAAGCAUAUACUACGAGAUGAGAAUGGCUGCCCUAAGUAGAAGAAACGGAAUUUUGGAAGUACAAUUGGGAGCUGCAAUGGCAAGCCGAGACACCAUUGAGAGAAAUUUAGCUUCGGCUUUGAAGAGCAAAGAGGAGAUGGAGAAAAGACUAGCAGACACAGUGAAAGAGAUGGAUUUGCUAAAAGAAAAACUAGCUGGUAUAGAACUUGCACAAGAAGAGGCCAACAACAUAUCUAACAUAGUUCACUCGGACAAUGUAAGACUCGAACAUGACGUGGCUUUCGUUAAAGCAGUUCUAGAUGAUACUCAAAAGGAGCUGCACUCGACUAGAGGAGUCCUUGCAGGGGAGAGGGCCAGAGCAUUCCAACUACAGGUAGAAGUUUUCCACCUCAAGCAAAGACUGCAAUCUAUGGAGAACCGAGCACCAACUCCAAGGAAACCGUUCAAUGUAUAGUGUUAGACUGAAACCGAAUAGUUACAGCCAUCUCAUAUGCAAGAUGUGUAUAUAUGGUAGGAGGAACAGUUUGAAUAAACAACUGCUUAGUGCUAGGAUGCAGUUGGAAGAAAUGCUUUUGUGAUGAAUUCCAUUACUUCAAUUUUAUUUUUAAAAAUCUAUCUACGUUGUUUUUGUCUAAA